UGCCCCCUUACAUCAGAAUCCCCAUCAGAGUGCCCCCUUACAUCAGGAGUCCUUAUUAGAGUCCCCCUUUACAUCAAGGUCCUAUCAGAGUGCCCCCUUACAUUAAGUAUCUUCUUCAGAGUGCCCCCUUAUAUUUCCCCAUCAGAGUGCCCCCUUACAUCAGGGUCCCCAUCAGAGUGCCCCCUUACAUCAGGGUCCCCAUCAGAGUACCCCCUUACAUCAGGGUCCCCAUCAGAGUGCCCCCUUACAUCAGGGUCCCCAUCAGAGUACCCCCUUACAUCAGGGUCCCCAUCAGAGUACCCCCUUACAUCAGGGGCCUCAUCAGAGUACCCCCUUACAUCAGGGUCCCCAUCAGAGCACCCCCUUACAUCAGGGGCCUCAUCAGAGUACCCCCUUACAUCAGGGUCCCCAUCAGAGCACCCCCUUACAUCAGGGUUCCUAUCAGAGCACCCCCUUACAUCAGGAUCCCCAUCAGAGCACCCCCUUACAUCAGGGUCCCCAUCAGAGCACCCCCUUACAUCA